CGUACCACUGAGCACCUUUCAACCGCUCCAUCACCAUCGCCAUCGCCAUCAUUUACCAACGGCAAUCCCACAGCAUGCUCUCAAAGCUAUCUUCAUAGCUCUAACAGGCAACCAUCAGCGACCAGAGCGAGCGUCAAACAACGCGAUUGGCUCACGAUGAACGCUGCACCAGGGCCGGCAACGAUCCGACCACCUUUACCUCCUUCUCGUAUGCCGCCUCCAAAUUACAACAAGCCCGGUGGGCCAUCGAAUAGCGCUGCCUCAUCCUCCUCGCCAUCAUCCUCAGCAAAGCCAGCAACCUCAGCAUCGACAUCCGCGUCCACUAUGCCCGUCCGCCCUUCACCCCUCGCACCACUCAAACGCGAGCCUACAGAUGACGGCAAGACAACGGACGAUGAUGACGAGGUCGAUGAUGAAGGGGCUGGCAGCAACAACGGCGCUGGCAGUGACGAUGGAAAGCAAGGCACCAAGAAGAAGAUGCCCAAGAAGAAAAAGGCCAAUCGCGCUUGCGCCGCCUGUCAGAAGGCUCACCUGACGUGUGAUGAUGCUCGACCAUGUUCACGCUGCGUCAAGAAGGGAAUCGGGGAUCAGUGCACAGACGGGAAGCGCAAGCGUGCAAAGUACCUCCUCGACGAGGACGAGCUCGAGGCAGUCAAGGCUCGCGAGCAAGCCGAGAAGGAGGCGAAAGAGAGAGCGCAAGCAGCUCAAGCUCAGACAAAAGCUGUCAGCACGGCGCAGGACCCGACGAUACCAGCUUCGACUUUGCCGCCUCAGCAGCAGCAGGGCAUAGGCGGCGCACCCUUUCAGCCGCCUUACGUCGCUGCAGCACCGGCGUCACAAGCUCGACCACAGGACGCCUCGUCGUCCAGUGCGGCGAACAAUCAGGUCUCAUCGCAGACAACGCCGCCCUACACGUUUGGCUCAGAAGCUACGUCCUUGGAGUACUCGAUUCUCAGCGCGAUGCUCAACGGCAUCGACCCUAGUCUGCUCACUGGUAGCCCAGAUCAUGACGGAGCAACCGUGGGAUCGGGAGGUACGGGAGAUUAUUCGUCUUUGACAUCGCAAGCGGCGAGUGGCUUGGAUCUCGCCGGCUUCCUCGGCCAACAUGCACAGCAACAGGGUCAGCAGCAGGAGGAUCGCUCCAAUCAUCCGAGCGUGGGCAUGGCCUCCGAUCCCUCAUCGUUCUGGCUAGGCAAUAAUGGUCACCAGCCAGCUCCCCAGCAGCCAUGGGGCGCAGUGGCAGGGCCGAGCAAUACUACCGCUCGCAGCGCUCUGGGUCAACUGCACGCUAUCGGUGGACAAGGUUCGAAUGCAGCAGAGGGCGAAGUAGGGUCCGGAGGCUUCAAGGCCCUCGAGGUGCCCUCUCCUUCUGCAUCUAUCGCAUCUGCAAGCAGAUUUGGCAAUGGUCGCGAGGAUGGUUCGAGCCCGAAUGAUGGCACCACGACAACGACGACGACGCAGCAGCCGCAGCACCAGCAGCCAGGCAUACCUCCUCACUACGCAGGCGACCCUCAAGCUUCAACCUCGACGCUUCCCCCGCACGGCACCCUCUCAGACGACAGGGCCGCUCGCUCCCAAUUGACUGACCGGGUCUCUCACAUAUACGGCGAUCGCACCCGUCCCUUCCCCUACACCGAGGGCUACCAUUUCCUGCUCAAAUUUGUCACCGAGAAGUUCGAAAAGGCAGAGGUGCUCCGUAUCGUCCGCGCUCUUGGGCUCUUCAGGCCUAGUCUCAUCGCCCUGCAGAUGCCUCUGACGGAGGAGGAUGAGGUAUUCGUGGAGAGGAGCAUUCAGAGGACCAUUCUUGAGUAUGAGAAGCUGAUCUCCUUCUCCGGCACCCCCACUCUGGUCUGGCGUCGUACCUGCGAGAUCUGCGUCGUAGGCUCAGAGUUCUCCAUGCUGACAGGCUGGACGCGAGAAUCUCUUCUUGGGCGCCGUAUCUACGAAUUUUGGGACAAAGACUCGACGCUGGAGUACUGGGAGAAGUUUGCGAGCCACGCCUUUGAGAACACAAGCCAGAGUAUCGUGGCCAAUGUGGUGGUCAAGAGGCCGGACGGAAGCAGCGUACCCUGUGCCGCUUGCUUCAGUAUUAAGAGGAACGUCUUUGACUUGCCAAGCUUGGUGGUCGGGGCGUUCUUGCCGAUACUGGCUUCGAGUUGAGGGAGGGUUGGGGAGAGGCGAGAAGAAGAAGAGGAGGAGCAAGGAAUGGCAGAGAGCGGCGGCGACUGAUUUAUUGUCCAACUCUUGUAUCAAUAGCUAGCCUCGGUCUAUCGCACAUCUUGUCGCUAUGUCAUACACACGCAUACAUGGUCAAG